CCUCUUCGAGCUCUUUGAAAUUCCCCGCCACCAAAAACCCUCUUCUUCUCACUCAAUUCUCCAGAAACUCAGCUCCCAUCAACAAAAACGCAGCGUUUUAUCUAUUCAUCAACACAAGGUAACAUUGUCGUCACUCUCUCAGCAUAAUCACUGUAAAAGUAACCAAACUGAGAAGUCUUAAUUGAUUUACGUCCCCACUUUCUUCUUCGGUUUGGAGCAUCAUGGGGGAAACGUCGAGGGAGGAUACUGCCAGUACACUUCGUAUACUAGUUGCUACGGAUUGCCAUCUGGGCUACAUGGAGAAGGAUGAAAUACGACGACAUGAUUCAUUCCAGGCAUUCGAGGAGAUAUGCUCAAUAGCAGAGCAAAAAAAGGUAGACUUCUUACUCCUUGGUGGUGAUCUUUUCCAUGAGAAUAAACCCUCAAGGUCAACUCUAGUGAAGGCAAUUGAGAUUCUGCGUCGCCAUUGCCUAAAUGAUCGACCUGUACAGUUCCAAGUUGUUAGUGACCAGACUGUAAAUUUUCAAAAUAUAUUUGGUCAUGUAAAUUAUGAAGAUCCUCACUUCAAUGUUGGUUUGCCAGUGUUCAGUAUCCAUGGAAAUCAUGAUGAUCCCGCUGGAGUGGACAACCUUUCUGCAGUUGAUAUCCUUUCAGCAUGUAAUCUUGUGAACUAUUUCGGGAAAAUGGUUCUUGGGGGAUCUGGUGUUGGUCAGAUCACUCUCUACCCUAUUCUUAUCAGAAAGGGUCCAACAGCUGUGGCUCUCUACGGUCUUGGAAACAUCAGAGAUGAACGGUUAAAUAGAAUGUUUCAGACACCACAUGGUGUACAAUGGAUGCGGCCUGAAGCCCAAGAAGGUUGUCAAGUGUCAGACUGGUUCAACAUUCUGGUGCUUCAUCAGAACAGAGUGAAGACAAACCCUAAAAAUGCAAUAAAUGAACACUUUUUACCACGCUUCCUCGACUUUAUAGUAUGGGGACAUGAACAUGAAUGUCUUGUUGAUCCUCAGGAAGUUCCAGGGAUGGGAUUUCAUAUUACACAACCAGGUUCUUCAGUAGCAACAUCAUUGAUUGAUGGAGAAUCAAAGCCAAAGCACGUGCUUCUCUUAGAAAUAAAGGGAAAUCAAUAUCGUCCAACCAAGAUACCUUUGACUUCCGUGAGGCCCUUCGAAUAUACAGAGAUUGUAUUAAAGGAUGAAUCUGACAUAGAUCCCAAUGAUCAAAAUUCAAUUCUUGAACAUUUAGACAAAGUGGUCAGAAAUCUGAUAGAGAGAUCUAAUAAGAAGGCUGUUAACAGUUCAGAGACCAAGUUACCAUUGGUCAGAAUUAAGGUGGAUUACUCUGGAUUCAUGACAAUAAAUCCUCAAAGAUUUGGGCAGAAAUAUGUGGGAAAGGUUGCGAAUCCCCAAGACAUUCUAAUAUUCUCUAAGUCUGCUAGAAAGGGUCGGAGUGAAGGUAAAAUUGAUGAUUCUGAAAGGCUUCGCCCAGAAGAGCUUAAUCAACAAAACAUAGAGGCCUUAGUUGCUGAGAACAAUUUGAAAAUGGAGGUUAUUCCAGUCAACGAUCUGGACACUGCAUUACACAAUUUUGUUAACAAGGAUGAUAAAUUGGCUUUCUAUUCUUGUGUAAAAUACAAUCUUGAAGAAACACGUCACAAAAUUGCCAAGGAUUCUGAUACAACGAAUUUUGAAGAGGAGGACCUAAUACUUAAAGUUGGAGAGAGCUUGGAGGAACGUGUCAAGGAAAGGUCUAUGCACUCUAAGGAUACCCCACAGUGGACAUUUAGUGCACCAUCUUUGGAGGAUAUCAGGAGUAAAAGUGCCACAGGAAUCGGAAGUGCUGUUUCUUUUAGUGAUGAUGAAGACACAACACAGCUAUCUGGCAAGAAGUAUGCCACCAGAGGUCGAAAGGGAUCAACGGCAGCUAGGUCAUCCAAUGAUGCGUCUCAACUUGAUAAAACUUCUACAAGAGGAAGGGGAAGGGGAAGGGGAAGAGGCAGGGGCUCUAGUAACUUGAAGCAGACGACGCUUGAUAUAUCUCUGGGGUUCCGUCAAUCUCAGAGGUCUGCAUCAGUUGCUGCAAAAGCUGCUGUUCAGAGUCUUGUUGACAAGGAGGAUAAUGUAGAUUCUGCCUCUAGUGAAGACGCAGGAAAAUAUGGAAACAAUGAAGUUGAUAACAGUUCGGAUGAUGAUGGAAGCCUUCAAGGGAAAGGACGCAAAAGAGCUGCACCAAGGGGAAGGGGCAAAGGUGCAACACCCUCUAAGCGGGGACGGAAAUCAGAUAACUCUUCAAUUCACAGAAUGCUCAUGAGUAAAGAUGACGAUGAUGAUGAUGAUGAUGAUGAAGACAUUGCAAAGAGACUAAACAAGUCUCAACCUCGGGUCACAAGGAAUUAUGGGGCCUUGAGAAGGUAGGUGCAAUUGAGGGUCACCACACACCCGGCAAAGAUUGAUACGUGUUCUUAAUCUAUGUCAUGAGUUGAGUAUAUAGAGUAUGAAUACAGAACACUGUAAAAAAAAAAUAUGAAGUAGUUACUUAAAUUGCAGAACGUCUGUUUUCGCAUUUGCAGUUGCAAUGAGGACUGAGGAUGGAUGUGUAUAAGGCUUAUUUUUAGUUUGUACAAAUUGGAAUUUUUUAUUGUACAUAAUGAAGUAAUGUGAGCAAACUUCAAAACAUUUUUCAUGGAUAAUCAAGAA